CCAGAGUUGAGCAACACACGCGACGGCAGCACGAGCCACCCAAGUCAGAACUCAGAAGACACAAGUCACCACCGACCGAGAGGCGAGAGCUACCUCGCCAAGCCCAAAUCUACUGCCGACCACUCCACUCCUCCACCCACCCACCAAUACCAGCGGCAGUAAAUUCCGAGCAGCCGCUCCCUCCUCGCUCCCCCACCCGCCUACUCCUCCUAGGGUUUCCUCUCGGCUCGCCGGCGUGCCGCAUCGCUUCGCCAUUGCCGCGGGUCCCGGCGCGGGGCGUUCCGCCGUUCGGGGCGGGCCCGAAUCGAGCCUCGAGGGAGCUGUUCGUGCUGAUUCCUGCGGGGUCCUGUGGUGUGGCUCGGACUCUGGGGCCGUCGAGUGGGAAAGGUUUUGACUCCCGUUGGGGUUUGGAUCGAGGGCUCUAAGCUGUGUCUCCGCAAUGCCGGGCUGGUCUGGCGGCCAUUGCUAGGGUUUUCUGGUCGGAUUUCGGUGGAAGAGCUGAGGUUUUGCUUCGGGUGCUGGAGGUGUCUGCAAUCCGCCGCUUGCCUCGGCCGGAGCUCGGUGUUUCCGCAGCAAUGCCUCGCCGAUUUUAGCUCGCGGUUGGGGUACUCAAGGGCGGAGGGGCUGUCGGGAGGGGUGAGAUUGCAAGGAGUCGGUGGCUCGGUCCAAUGUCCGGGGCUAGCGCGAGGGGGCGGCUGUCGCCAGCGUCCGGCGGCGGCGGGGACUCCGAACCACGGUCCGCGGGUGGCAGGACGCGCUCGGUGUCUGCUACUCGCGGCCGGAAGCCCUCACCGAGGCCUGGGAGGGAUGUGGCCGCGGCGGCAGGGGCAACGGAGGAGAAGAAACCGGCCGCCGUGCCUACAUUGCUGCCCUCGCUCAGCGUGCCGGCGGGGAUGCGUCGGCAGGAGCUGCUGCUGCGCUCGGGGCUGUCUCUUGACGCGUCCUGCUCCUCGGACGCGUCCACGGAUUCGUUCUGCAGCCGGGCAUCCACUGGCCGGAUUGGGAGGCCGGCAUUUGGGGCUAGGAAGAAGAAGACCCUCUCUCAGACUGAUUACAAGCCUGUUUCCAUGCUGGAAAGGGAGGGUGGAUUAGCUUCCCAGAUUGAUGCUGCUGGUGUGAAGAGGAGGUGUGCAUGGGUGACAGCAAAUACUGAUCCCUGUUAUGCUGCAUUUCAUGAUGAAGAGUGGGGAGUUCCUGUUCACGAUGACAAAAAGUUAUUUGAGCUGCUGGUGCUGUCAGGGGCAUUGGCUGAACUGACAUGGCCAGCAAUUCUGAAUAAGAGGGACAUAUUCAGGGAAGUUUUCAUGGAUUUUGACCCAGUAUUGGUCUCAAAAUUAAGUGAGAAGAAGAUUAUUGCACCUGGAAGUCCUAGCAGCUCCUUGUUAUCUGAACAGAAACUGCGUGGUGUUAUUGAAAAUGCACGCCAAAUACUCAAGAUCAUAGAGGAAUUUGGAUCAUUUGAUAAAUACUGUUGGAGCUUUGUGAACCACAAACCUAUAUUGAGCCGAUUCAGGUACUCCCGUCAAGUGCCUGUCAAAACAUCGAAAGCAGAUGCCAUAAGCAAAGACUUGGUUCGAAGGGGUUUCCGCAGCGUCGGCCCAACAGUCGUUUAUACCUUCAUGCAAGUCUCUGGCAUGACUAACGACCACCUUAUCUCCUGCUACCGUUUUGCCGAAUGCGCGGCCUCCUCUGACGGUACCGGUAAACUUACCGAUGGAAACCUAGCAAACUCGAGUGAUAGCAACCAUGCCACGGCAGAGCAGAAGAUGAACAGGACGAAUGGGCUGGAUUCAGACAUUGAACUCUCCAGGACUAUAGAUGAGCUCAGCAUUUCAUAGCGGUUAGGAGGGGCGCUGAGGCGAGAUGGUGUUAGCUUGUGUAUUUUGUGUGCUGUAGCGUAGGUGUGAUUCGGUGUCCUUUUUUUCUAUAGUUUUACCACUCGUCAAUGUAGGGUAGAACAAUGUUAGUCUUGGGCGUGUCAGGACCAUUGAACGACAGCAGUGUAAUGAUGUAUAUUCUUUUGUGAUGCGAGUGCACCUGUUUCCCUGCAUUUCAGCUGAGCUGGCUUUCGCCAGUGUCAUCGAUGCUGUUCA